AUCCAUUAGGGAGUUAACCAGUCGUUGUCGUUGCAACUCUGCUCCAGUAAUAUAUAAUUUCUGAGUGUUUGUUUUUAUCGGGGCUUAUUUUAUAUUUUGUUAGUCAGUUUUGACCUUUUAAUUUUCACGACAAAAUAAUUUUUAUUUCAAACCUAUGUAUUCGAAAUAUAAAAAAUAUUCGACAAACGCUUUUAAUCAAACUGUAUUUAUUGACUAGGUACGACGGUUCCUGUUUUGUUUUAAGUGUUAUUUGUACGGGAAGCGGCUCCAUAGGAAAUUGAAAUUUCAUUAAAAAAUUUAAGAAAAUCAUGUUGAGUAUACUUUAUACUACUGUUGUCGUUUACGUACAAGUUUUUGUUUGACAUCUCAUUUUGUUUGCCUACGUAAAUGUUUAAGAGUAGUUUUUCAUUAUGGGGAAGCUGCUUUCCAAAAUUUUUGGUAACAAAGAGAUGAGAAUAUUGAUGCUAGGUUUGGAUGCAGCUGGUAAAACUACUAUUUUGUAUAAACUCAAAUUGGGUCAAUCUGUGACUACAAUUCCUACUGUAGGUUUUAAUGUUGAAACUGUCAUCUAUAAAAAUGUAAAAAUUAAUGUUUGGGAUGUUGGAGGCCAAGACAAAAUUCGACCAUUAUGGAGACAUUACUACACGGGUACUCAAGGUUUAAUAUUUGUUGUGGAUUGUGCUGAUAGAGACCGUAUUGAUGAAGCUAAGCAAGAGCUUCAUAGAAUAAUAAAUGAUAGAGAAAUGAGAGAUGCUAUUAUCUUAAUUUUUGCUAAUAAACAAGAUCUUACAAAUGCUAUGAAACCUCAUGAAAUUCAAGAAAAGCUUGGAUUAACUAGGAUACGAGAUAGAAACUGGUAUGUUCAACCAUCAUGUGCUACUACUGGUGAUGGUUUACAUGAAGGCCUUGCUUGGUUAACAUCAAAUUUCAAACAAUGAUACCAAAAUGUGUUAAUGUAACUACACAUUAUAUGAGUUGAACAAAAUGAAUAUACCAUGAAAUUAUUUAUUUUAUAGUUUUUAAUACAAUUUUACUUGAUUCUUUCAUUAAUUACUUGAACAAUAUAAUAAUUGUACAAUAGUUAAAUAAUAAUUUAAAGAAGCAAUAAUUUUUGUUAAACUAUAUUCUGUUAGAUAAAUGUUGCUCUACAGUUAAAAAUUAGCCAGGCCUUUAGGUUAAAUUAUUAUUAUUAUUAUAUGCUAAGAUUAGUAAAAAUUUAUACAUGAAUACAUGCAGUUUUUAAUAAUAACUAGAAUUUUAUUAAACAAAUUUAAAUAGUAACUAUCAUGUAUAAAUGAAUCCUAUUUUUAUUUUUGUUAUUUAUUAUUUUGUACAAAAUAUUGAAUAAAAGAAAAAUUAAUUAUAAUGUUA